UUUUGGUGAAUUUGAACUAUUUGUGGGAUUGACGUAGAAAUAAUUUAAUGGGGAGAGAUAAUGUGGAACUGAAAAAUAAUAAGAGUACUUCUAUGGGCGGUAAAAAAUCAAAGAAGAAUGGAUUUCUUAUUGACGAUAAUGAGUACUCAAUUGGAACUGAAUUAUCAGAGUACUCUGUUUUAGUUCCGGAAUCGAAGGUGGCACCACUUGGUAAACAAAUGAAAACAGAUCUCAAUAAUGAGGAUGAACAAGUGGAAGAUGAUUAUGAUGUUCCGGUAAUCAAAUUUGAUGGUAGAAAUAAGUCCAAGGGGAAAAAGAGCGCGUGUUUUAGUGCUUCGAGUUUCGAGUUAUUGGGUGAAGAUGAAGAUGAAAAUGAUUAUGGAAGGAAUGAUAAUGAUGAAGAACUAGGUUCACCGGUGAUUGCGUUUUCUGGGAAGAAAAAGCAUUCGAAGAGUGGAUGUGGUGUGUCUUCUGCUUUCGAUUUGCUCGGUAAAGACAAGGAUGACAGUUCCAAGGAGGAAGACGAGGAUAUUGGAAUUACGUUUACAGGUAAGAAGAAGAAGUCAUCCAAGGGUUUGAACAAGGCUUCUGGGAAUUCAUUUAGUGCAGCUGUGCUCGAUGAAGAAAACGGGGAGGAUGCUUCCGUUUCAAAUGAGUCGUCUAAAAUUUGGAAUGGUGACGCAUCUUCUGAUUUUGUUGAACCGGAGAAACGGAGUGAUGAUUCCAAAAUUAAAAAGCAGACAGGUGAAGAUCCGACAGAUACUUCAAAGAACAAAAAGAAGAAGAAGAAGAAGAACAAGGGUGGGAAAACUGGUGAUGAAGAAGACGAUUUGGACAAAAUUCUAGCUGAACUUGGUGUGGUACUACCUGAAUCGACUUGUAUUGCAGCUCCAACUGUGGUACAGCACCGGGGUGAACUGGAAGAGGCUGCUGAUGCUGACAAGGAGAAUGAAGACGAAGGACCUGUGGGGUCCGUAACAUCGAAGAAGAAGAAGAAGAAGAAGAAGAAGGAUAAAGAGAAAGAGAAGAAGGCAGCGCAUGAAAAGCAGGAAGAAACCAAAAUCGAGACAAAUAGCAACGUACUGGGUAAGAAAGUGCCGAAGCAUGUCAGGGAGAUACUUGCCAAACAGAAGGAAGCUGAAGAGAAGAAAAAACAGGAAAAGGAAGAGCGACAAAGGAAAGAGGAGGAGGAGCAGCGUCGGGUGGAAGAAGAACAAGAAGAACAGAGGUUGAUGGAAGAAAAAAAGCGCUUGAAGAGGGAAAAGGAGAAGGAGAAACUUCUGAAGAAAAAGCAGGAAGGGAAGAUUCUUACGGCGAAGCAGAAGGAAGAAGUUCGUAAGAGGGAGGCGAUGAGGACGCAGUUUCUAGCUAAUGCAGGUGGCCUGCAGUUACCAUCUGGAGAACCUUCCGCCAAACGACCUUUGUAUCAGAAGAAAAAGGCAAAGGCACAACAAGCUCAACCUAAUGGAGCAUCCGCCUCGGACAAUGUCGAGAUCACAGAUUCAAAAGAAAUCCAGCAUGAAUUUUCACUGGCACGUGAUUCUGACGCUGUUGAUCUAGUUGAAGAGAAUGGAGUUCACGAUGAGGAAGAAGAUGAAGAGUGGGAUGCUAAUAGUUGGGAUGACUCUGAUUUGAAAUUACCCGGUAAAAGUGCAUUUGAAGAUGAAGAUGUUGACACGAAGCCUGAACCGAAGGAGAUAAAGAAUUCGAGGAAUGCAACUCAAGAUGUUGAACUAGCUUCUAUUACAACCAAGCCACGUGAUUUUAUCGAGGAGAAGAAGAAUAUCAAACAAGUUCCUAAGGAGGAAUCACCAAAUUCUGAUGAUAAGAAUGAACUCCGGUCUCCGAUUUGCUGUAUUAUGGGUCACGUUGAUACUGGUAAAACAAAGUUGCUUGAUUACAUAAGAGGUACUAACGUUCAAGAAGGCGAGGCUUGUGGGAUUACACAGCAAAUUGGAGUGACCUAUUUCCCUGCUGAGAACAUACGCGAGAGAACUAGGGAACUGAAAGCCGAUGCAAAGCUUAAUGUACCCGGACUGUUAGUGAUUGAUACACCUGGACACGAAUCUUUUACCAAUCUGCGUUCGCGGGGGUCGGGAUUAUGUGAGAUUGCAAUAUUGGUUGUCGAUAUAAUGCAUGGUUUGGAACCACAGACCAUUGAAUCACUCAAUCUUCUGAAGAUGAGAAAUACUGACUUCAUUGUUGCUUUGAAUAAAGUGGACAGACUGUACGGUUGGAAAACAUGCCGUAAUGCACCAAUCGCAAAAGCAAUGAAGCAACAAUCGAAACAAGUCCAAAUGCUAUUUAACGACAGGCUGAUUCAGAUUAUCACACAGUUUAAGGAGCAAGGUCUCAAUACCGAAUUGUAUUACAAGAACAAAGAUAGAGGAGAUACUUUCAACAUUGUUCCCACUAGUGCUAUAAGUGGUGAAGGCAUCCCUGAUAUAUUGUUGCUACUGGUUCAAUGGACUCAAAAGACGAUGAUUGAAAGACUUACAUUUAGCAAAGAAGUGGAGUGUACUGUUUUGGAGGUUAAAGUUAUUGAAGGACAUGGGACAACGAUAGAUGUGGUGUUGGUGAAUGGCGUGCUUCACGAAGGAGAUCAAAUAGUUGUUUGUGGCUUGCAGGGGCCCAUUGUUACCACAAUUAGAUCAUUAUUAACACCCCACCCGAUGAAGGAGCUCCGCGUUAAGGGAACAUAUUUGCAUCAUAAAGAAAUCAAGGCUGCCCAGGGUAUCAAGAUCAUUGCUCAGGGCCUGGAGCAUGCAAUUGCAGGCACUAGUCUCUAUGUUGUAGGGCCGGACGAUGAUUUGGAAGACGUAAAAAACAAAACCAUGGAAGAUAUGAAGUCCGUGAUGAGUAGAAUCGACAAAAGUGGCGAGGGAGUGUAUGUUCAAGCAUCUACUCUCGGGUCGUUGGAAGCGUUGUUGGAGUUGUUGAAGACACCUGUUAAUAUACCAGUCCGGGGCAUAAGCAUCGGUCCGGUACACAAGAAGGAUGUGAUGAAGGCAAGUGUCAUGCUCGAAAAGAUAAACGAGUACGCCACGAUACUCGCUUUCGACGUCAAAGUCACUCAAGAGGCUAGGGAACUCGCCGACGAGCUCGGAGUCAGAAUAUUCACCGCCGACAGUAUUUACCAACUCCUCGAGCAAUUUAAGGCUUACAUAAAUAAUCUCAAGGAGGAAAGGAAGAGAGAAGCUGCUGAAGAAGCAGUUUUUCCAUGUGUACUCAAGAUCGUACCGAACUGCGUGUUCAAUAAGAAGGAUCCCAUUGUUUUGGGAGUUGAUGUCGUUGAAGGCACACUAAAGAUUGGAACUCCGAUUUGCGUCCCUCAAAAGGAGUUUAUUGAAAUUGGUCGUAUAGCUUCGAUUGAGAAUAACCACAAGCCUGUUGAUUAUGCCAAGAAAGGCCAAAGUGUGGCCAUUAAGAUAGUAGGCAGUAAUUCGGAGGAUCAGCAGAAGACGUUUGGCAGACAUUUUGAUAUCGAUGAUGAACUCGUGAGCAAGAUUUCUAGAAGCUCACUCGACGCACUCAAACAAAAUUACAAGGAUGAAGUAUCUCAAGACGAAAAGAAUUUGCUAUUCAAAUUGAAAAGGCUCUUCAAGAUACCGUAAUUUUUCCGGAGUUAGAAUUUUCGGUAAAUUUUUGUAUAGUUACAGAAGAAAGAAUGAUUGUUUUUAUAUCUAUAAUACCUUAGUUAUUAUUGGU